UUUAAGUCGACGCUGAUCGAAAAUUCUAGCCGAUCUAUUACUGUUAAAGCAAUCACGUCCGCUAUUCAACUAUUUCCAGGGGUGUUAUCGAAGUUAGACGGAACCAGUAAUCACAGAUUUAACUGAGCCUCACACAUAAAGAAGUUGGCUUCAGUGUAAGUAGUAGCGUUACCAUGUACCAACAAUUCGUCACCUGUUAACUUUUGUCUGCGUACCACUGUCAAACGGCCAAACUCUAUCUUUUGAAGAAUUCUUUUACUGCAGCUACGCAAACUACUAAGGAAAAGGGGUCGUUAAUUAGUAAUUUAUAGCAGGCUAGAGGAGUGAAGAACGGAUUGCUCUUUUAGCAAGACAGCUCUUCAAAAAUUAAAUCUGGUCAUUGACAAGAGAUGUCAGAACUUGAAAGAGAAGAAAUCGACUCCUGUCAUUCAGAAGUCAAAAUGAUAGACGGAAGCCAGUCAUCAUUACAGACAGUUUUAGUCACAGUCAGCAUCGAGAAGCCCGCAGCUAAAAAUAUUAAACGAGUGCGUUUCAACAGCUUGGUCGAAGUCAAAUUUAUUCCUAAAUGCAAGAGUGAAAAAAAGAGAAAGGAAAAAUCGCAAAAAGAAGGCAAAGAAAAGACUGAGUGCUUGAAAGCUACCACAAAGAAAACAGAUCAUGAAACCCUGGCUCGUAGAAAAGAUGUUGAUGUUAAGGGUGAGUUGGACCUUUGUGCGCAGAAGGUUACCAUCGCAACAGAAACUUCUUCUAAGAUUGAAAUGGGGGACUCGUCCACGGUGAAAACUCCUCAAAGUUUUGAAGAAAACGCCGAAACGGAAUUAAAUCUAGACAAGAACCGAAGUACUGCGACGGCCAAACGUGUGUUAAACCGGAAAACCACAAACAAGAAGGCAAAGAUUGGUAGAAACUUGACUCGGCUGAAUGGCUGUGCCGUUAAAUCGCGAGUGACAGUUCGUGAGAGUUACGCAACAAAUAAAGUAACGCUCGGUGGUGAUUAUAACGGGAAAACUUUACGAUUAAGUCCAACUACUUUUUCAGUUGCAUCAAACAUUCAGUUUAGCGAGUCUCCAGCUCGGAAUACCAAGAGAAAGAAUGUCCAAGAAUUUGGAUCCGAUAGAGCACUUUGGCGAUUAGAAAAACAAACUGCGAAGUUUUGCGAGGAAGCUGCAGCACUGAUUGCUCAGGUGACAGAAAAUAACGCUGACUUGCAAUCGCAUUUGAAAGUUCCACCGAAUACUGCCCACCUGGGUGGAAAUUACAGACAAACUUUUCCAACAGAACUCAUCAAGGCUAGUUUUAGAAAACCAUCAAAUGUCCAAGAUCUUUCUCCGUUCGGGAAAACCGCCAGUCGAGAUGUAUUUAGCACAACAUGUAAGCCAGUCACCAGGUUGCCGAACAUUAGGCACAAGAAACAGCAGAGCAUUGAGGGGCUGCGCCAGAGGUCGUACUCUGAACUCUGCUUGCCUCAGUUCCUGUUGUAUGACGGGAAAACCACGAGAAGUUCACUUGAUGCAACAAAUGAUUCCAAAGGAGUUGGCACUGUUAAGAAAGCGUCAGGUAAAUUUGAGCUAUUGCCUAGCCCGGAAGAGGCCAGAAAUGGUAACAUUGUCAUCCACUAUUCGUAUGGAGCCACAAAGAAGCUGGAAUGCUGAUUUUAAGGAAUUAACCUGUGCGUCACCGACACGGCGGUCAAACGUUGGGCAUGCACGAGGGGAUGAAUUCUGGCCUACCGUGCGCGAAUUUCCCGCGCAAAACUUCCAUUGAAAAAAAUAAGAAACAAACGUUAGCUCGCAAAAUAAGA